UCUCUGCCUACUGUCCCCAGUGCUGCAACUGUGCCAUGCUCAAGCUGCAACAUUAGCACUCUCUUUUUUUUUCCUCCCCCUUUUCUUCACCCUGUGGGGAGACCCCUUAUAUCUUCCGCGAUCUUCUUCUUCAGUUUGUUUUUAACCCAUCUGCUCCGUGGUCCUUUUGUUUCUUUUUUUUUUUUUAACAUGCCUAACAUCGUGCUUUUCAGCGGGAGCUCCCAUCAUGACCUGUCCCAAAAAGUGGCUGAUCGGCUCGGGCUGGAGCUGGGGAAGGUGAUCACCAAGAAGUUUAGCAACCAGGAGACAUGUGUGGAGAUCGGGGAGAGCGUGCGCGGCGAGGACGUGUACAUCAUACAGAGCGGCUGCGGCGAAAUCAACGACAAUCUAAUGGAGCUGUUGAUCAUGAUAAACGCCUGCAAGAUAGCCUCCUCGUCCCGCGUAACAGCCGUCAUCCCUUGCUUCCCGUACGCCCGGCAGGACAAGAAAGACAAGAGUCGAGCACCGAUUUCUGCCAAACUGGUUGCUAACAUGCUGUCCGUGGCGGGCGCUGAUCACAUCAUCACCAUGGACCUCCACGCCUCGCAGAUCCAGGGAUUUUUUGACAUUGCGGUGGAUAACCUGUACGCUGAGCCGGCCGUCCUGCAGUGGGUUAAAGAAAACAUUCCUGAAUGGAAGGACUGCAUCAUCGUGUCUCCAGAUGCUGGCGGAGCCAAGCGCGUGACAUCCAUCGCCGACCGCCUGAACGUGGACUUUGCCCUCAUCCACAAAGAGAGGAAGAAGGCCAACGAAGUAGACCGCAUGGUUCUGGUCGGGGACGUCAAGGACCGAGUGGCCAUCAUGGUGGAUGACAUGGCCGACACCUGCGGCACCAUCUGCCACGCCGCCGACAAGCUGAUCGACGCCGGCGCCACCAAGGUCUAUGCCAUCCUCACACAUGGUAUAUUCUCGGGCCCGGCCAUCUCUCGCAUCAACAGCGCCCCAUUCGAGGCCGUGGUGGUGACCAACACCAUCCCACAGGAGGAGAAGAUGAAGGCGUGCCCAAAAAUUCAGGUCAUCGACAUCUCCAUGAUCCUGGCUGAAGCGAUCAGGAGGACCCACAACGGUGAAUCGGUUUCAUACCUCUUCAGCCACGUCCCACUGUGAGGAAGAACCACCCCGAUCCUCUGUAUGUCCUCCCAACGAGGCCACACGCCCGGCACUUUCCUGGCCUCUCACGUCCUGCGGCGAAGCCUCCAAUCGGCCUUGCUCCAGUGGCUCCUCAAAGGUCGCACCCUCCGUCAGUGACAUUUUCCACUCAGCAGACAAAACCAAGUUUUUAUUUAUGAGCUCAAUUCCUUUUCUUGUCAGUUUUCUCUUUCGGCCUCUGAUUCUUCUUGAUAACCAAGCGGGACGUCAUGACUUCAUUUUACCUCUUUUUUUUUUCUUUUUUUUUUCAGUUUUAGAUGCAUUCCUCUCUGGCAUGCAAAGAUUUAAAGUGUUUGAAUAAAAGUGUAGCCUGCACCCAAAGUAUUUACAUUAUGGUACCCUCUAACUCAGUCUAACUCCGUCACAGGAAUCCAUAUUUUCUUCUCGCUGAGCCACGACAAGUAUAAGCUGCUGUCAUGACUUCCCUCUGAUCUAAUCCUUCUAAUUGUACUAAAAUCAUUUCUAAAACUAACGCAAGAUGUCGUAGGUGUAUUGCCUACCCUUAAAAAAAAGGUCAUUAAAUAUAAUGAAGCCCAAAGCUUUACUUUUUUUGUUUUUAUUUUCUUUUUUUAAAUAGUGUUAAGAAUCCGGGCCUGAUUUGUUCCCAGCGGUAAUGGAGUCACUUCUGUUCAGUGAAGGCAGUGUGGCGCAGUGUGCCUGAAAGUGGCUCAAAAGGUGAU